AUGAGGAUGAGGACAGUGAUAGCGAUGAGGAAAGCGCAGAUGGAGCUUUCUCUGUUCCAAUCAUUCAGGUCCGCAGAGUUGCUCACCAUGGAUGUGUUAACUGCAUUCGUGCAAUGCCACAAAGUCCUCAUCUCUGUGUCUCUUGGGCAGAUUCUGGUCAUGUUUGGGACAAUGAGCUCUCAUCUUAAUGCUUUAGCAGCGUCAGAAACAAAAGAUUGGAGUCCUGCUGCCACUGGAAGACUUCUUUCCGGUAUACUUUGUCUUCGAAAUUUCAACAAUACCCCAACAGUUACAUGGGACUGUAUGAGUAUGAUUCAUUUGUGGGAGCCAGCAUCUGGUUCAUGGACUGUUGAUCCCAUUCUCCUUGCCGGACAUACUGCAAGUAUUGAAGAUUUUACAAGUAAAAAAACUGUCGCUUUUACAGCUAAGUUGUUUUGGAGUCCAGCUGAAGCCAGCGUGUUUGCAUCGUAUUCGGUGGAUAAGACUGUUGCAGUUUGGGAUGUCCGACGUGGGAAGUCGCCUGUAUUAUCUUUCGAGGCACAUAAAGCAGAUGUGAGUGUCGUCUCAUGGAACGGGUUCUCUUGCCACUUUGAUAAGAAAGAUUCUAAGGUAGCACAUUUUGAGUAUCAUAAGCAUCCUAUCAUGUCGACUGAGUGGAGCCCUCAUGAUUCCUCAACGCUUGCGGAUGAAGAAGAGGAAGCAGAGUUCAAAGCACAGACCAAGGAACAAGUUAACACACCUCAAGACGUGCCUCCACAGCUUGUUUUCGUUGACCAGGGACAAAAGAAGUUGAAGGAACUUCACUGGCACAACCAGAUUCCAGGGAUGAUCAUCUCAACUGCUGCGGAUGGGUUCAACAUCUUAAUGCCGUACAACAUUCAGAACACACUACCUGAUCUCUGCCUGAAAAGACUCUUUUGUCUGGAAAACUUUUCUAAAUAUUCUAGUCUCUUGCGUUUUGUAUUCAACUGA